AUGGUCAAUCCCUCAAUUGUCAUUGUGCCAGGCGCAUGGCACCAACCUGCACACUUCCAAGGCCUCAUUGAUGAGCUUGCAAAGGUCAACUACGAUGCAGAGGGUGUGACAAUGCCUUCGGUAGGCUCCAGCCCACCACUACCUAGCUGGGAGCAAGACGCGCUAGCUGUGCGACAAGUGAUUAUGAACAAACUGGACGCCGGGAAAGAUGUCGUCGUCCUCGCACAUUCGUUUGGCGGCAUCGCCAUGUCCGAGGCAGCCAAGGGUCUGGGAAAGAAGGAGCGAGAAGCACAGGGUUUGAAAGGCGGUAUUAUCAAGCUGGUUUACAUGUGCGCGAUGGCGUUGCCGGAAGGCCAGACCCAUGUCGGCCAAUUGGUCCCACAGACGCCCGAGGAAGAAGAGAUCGAGCGUCAACGCAAGGAGCUGGAGGAAAAGUUUGGUGGACUAGAUGUGUCAGCGGAUGGAGCAAUCAGCCUCCCGAAGGACCGUGUCCACCUCGUGUUUUAUAACCGUUGCGAGCAGAAGGACAUCGAUAGGGCUAUAGAGCUGCUCGACACAUUCCCCAUGGGCCCACUGACGGUUCCUGUCACAUACACCGCGUACCGUGAGAUCCCGAGCACAUACAUUGUCUGCAAAAACGACCAGGCGUUGCGGGAACCGUUCCAGCGGAGGAUGAUUGCGCAAGGCGAGGGCUGUUUUGAAGUGGAGGAAUGCGAUGAGGGACAUUCCCCAUUCAUGAGUAACCCGGGACGUUCCAAGCGACGCUGUGUUGUGCAAUCGGAUCCAGACGGAAUUUCCGAUGCGAUCUGCGCAAAUUGCAAACGUCUGAGACGCCAGUGUACAUUCGAAUUCGCUAUAGCUCAGUCUAGUCCUUUCUCUCGCAAACGACAGAGGCGCAACUGCGGGGAACCUAGUAUAUCAACAACGCAAAAUGAACCCAACGACUUUGACACGUGGACCUUUGAUACUACAACCGAGGAAGUCGCUGGGAGCCCGAAUAACCGGUUCGAGGCUACCUCUAUCGCUGACCAAGAUGUUCUGGCAGCUUGGUUGAAUCUCGACUGUGAUGGGAUUGUCGCGGAUAGCGUCAACUUGUUUUCAACCAACCUCGAGCCUUCCAAUUCAUUCACUGGGCUUUCUUCUGAGGACAUAGUGCCAGAGGAAAGCCAGCUUGGGGAUCAAUUUAUGGAUGACACGUCCCGACUGGUUCGCUUACACGCAGGGCAAAAUCUGGAAUCAAAAAAUCAUCGACCCUCGGUUGGCCUUUCAUUCAACAGUCCCAUCUACCUGCUGAAUUCUGGAAUAGACGCGAAAAUCUUUGGUGAUCGUCUCGCGCGGAUUUAUGAAGCAAUCGCAACAGCCAGUGCGUCGAGGUUUUUGGACUAUGACUGCAAUCUUUAUGCGACCAAGAGUCGCUACCGGUUGGGAGACAGUGACUCAGGGAGCUCAAAUGGAUCGGCGCCUACCAGCUCAGCCAUGGAUCCAAUCGCUAUCGCACCCCGAUUUGCUCUUCCAGUAUCGUCACAAGCACUACCAUACGAUAUCUCCUUGUUGGGAAGUGUGCGAUUUCUUGAUCAUUUGGGCAACCUCUAUGGCAAUCGUCUUAACUCGACCGCGCGGAAGAAAUCAGAUGAGACUUUCAAAGCGGUUCUUCGCGCAUUCUCGAUGCAAUGGUUGCCCAGUUCGCCUUCCUUCGAAGCGAGCUCAGCUCAUGAUCACUUUCCUCGAAAUUCAAAGUCUGGAGAGGCAGGGGGUGAAUCUUCCUUGAACGCUUUCAUUGAUGCUUGGGUACGGGCAAGAUCACUUCUCAACGAUGCACAUCAUGUUCGGUCAUUUCGAGUCGUAUUGGCAACACUCAUGUUUGUUGGUAUUGUUACACCAACUAAAAUAAUCGACAGAGAGGAUCUCGUACCAAACCACUUCCUUGACACAGCUUUGCAAAAGUUAUCCUACUUAAAUGGACUUGUCACGCAAUAUUGUGCGAACCUGGGACCAUCAUCCACAUAUGGUGCUCUUGCUGAAGCAAGUUUAAGCAUUGUCCGAUGGACUGCGUAUAUCCGCGACACAGGCGCAGCGUUGGCAAUGGAUCGGCAAUGCAAACUUCCAGACUUAUGGGGUACUACAAAAGUUCUUUCAGAUAAAGCGGCCGUGGCAGCAUUGGCAGUCUCUCAAAACAUCCUAGAGUUGGAUAUCAAUGUUCAACCAAUCUGCCGGAAAGCCAGUGCGGAGACAUUUAUCGUCUGGAGGCAGAUUAUAAACAUCAAAACCGCUGCUAAUCAGACGCAUGGCACUAUCAAUGAACGGUCCUCGUCAAUAAUUGAAGCAAUCAACUUGAGCGUGACGGCUGUUCGUGGCUUCAGAUAUCUCUUGGUAAGCUACGCUCCUACCAAUUCGCUCCCUCGGCUUUUGUCCGGCAAUCCUAUCAUCGAUAUCUCGCUGACAGGUUAUACCUUAGUUUCCCUCGUGAUGUUCUGGAACCUCGGUAUUUUUCUUCUCGCCGAAGUCUUCAAAAAUGUGACCAAAGACCUUGAUCCUUCCAUCAAACACGAAGUAGGACCCGCGGUCUGGGAAUAUCAGCGCGACGCAGCCUCGUGCGUGGCACAGGUAGUUGAAUGCGUACUCAACUUACCCGCCGAGGAGGCUUUCAACCUUCAAAAUGGACUCGGCGCCGAAGUCCCACUCACGGCUUAUCAUGUGACACCCAGUUUAGCUGUCACGGCCCUUCAACGGGCCAUUGAGAGUGUUAUAGACCUGCAGCUUCACUCUUGUUCUGUUGAUGAUGUAUCAGAUGACAACGCAAAGCUUUUGAUACCGGACGGGAUCUGGGAUCGACAAAUCGACAUCCUCACGAAAGGACUCAUGUCCCUUGACGUUACUAUUGGCGGGUCACAGACCUGUGGUGUGGCCCUCAAGGAGUUGAUGCACAAACACGGGGACAUUCUGUCUGAGUGCUGGACUUCGGGGUUUGACUCAUGA